ACGCCUCCGCCCUGGCUAAAAAAAAAAAGUUCCCGAAUCAUGGGUGUUGUAAUUUCUGAUUGGGCAGAAAAAGAAAUUAAAGUUUCUGAGUUGUUGAAAACUUGGGAUGUCGUUCAAAGUAUAUGUUGUGUAGUGCUUUGUGCCAAACAGCGAAGCGAAUCAGAGAGGAAGAAAAAAAAUAAGAGCCGGUCGACUCAGGGGACAAAGAAUUCCUUAGCGCUUAGAUCCCUAAAGCGGAUAGUAAAAAAGCAGUGGAGUCGUUGUUGUCGACGAGGGGGAGUGGAUUAUUGGGACCACGCAUUAAGGGGGAUAUGCGGGUCGUGCCACGAGGGUCUAGACACAUACACAAAAGGGACGACGUGUAUGUAUGUGUACAGGCGUGGUAACAACGAGGUGGUGCUCUCACCGCCUCUACCACCCCCACCCCCUGCGACCAGCCCAUAA